GUUUUGGUUAUCCAAACUUCUUUGAACUGCAACGCAUAAGCCGGAGCUAGCUUGGGGCGGUUAGGCCUCUUCUAUCUGAAGCGCCCUAGAGCGCGUGUUCGGAUGGCUGUUAGGAGCCUUACACAGGUUCCAUCGACAUCAACAACAACCGCACCAGCAACAGCAGCACCCAGGCCCCACCUUCCUCUCCUGCGGCCCCUCUCCCCUCCCCGCCUUCUCCCCACCAGCUUACCCCACCACCACCACCGCCACCACCACCGUUACCCUUACUGCACCUUCCUCCGCAACCGCAACCACCACAUACGCAUUCCAACAAUCACCAUCACGGCUCCUGCAACAACCCGCGGCGUCACAACAACCGCCGCCGCCGCCGCUGCAACCACCACAGCAGACAGUAACCGUAGCAUGGCGGAACGCCUGCGCGCCGCCGCCGAAGCUAUCACCGUCGCCGAGCCCAACGCCGGCUCCGCCACAACCUCCCUCGACCUGCUGCUGCCGCCUCCGCCGUACCCUCCCCUGGUGGGUCUCGAGCCGGGCUCCUUCGCCGAGGCCACCCUCACCUCCCGACUGCCCGCCAUCCUGGAGGGCCUUAUGCAGGAUGUGGCGGCGGAUGCGGCGGAGGGGCGGCUGAAGCAGGGUGCGGCGACGACGAUGAUGCCACCACAGGAGGAGCAGCAGCAGGGGAGGGAGCAGCAGCAGCAGCAGCGGCAGCAGGAGGUGGCGGCGGUGCUGGCGGAGGUGGCGGCGCUGCGUGCCGCGAUGCUGGCGGAUGCGCCGCUGCAGCCGUUGGCAUUGGCGUUGGCGGGAGGAGCUGGUGGAGGAGGAGCAGCGGGAGGAGGGGGCCUUGGGGAGGGGCACACGCAGGUGCUGCUAGACACCGCCAACGCCUGCCUGCUGCUGGCCACACGCCGGCAACAGCAGCAACAACGACAGCAGGAACAGAACGAUGGCGGCGCUCCUCCUGCUGCUGCCCCCGCUGCCCCCGCUGUCCCCGCUGCCACCCCCCGCCCCACCUGGUUGGGGCUGCCCUGGCUGCUGGUGGAGUGCUUCAUGUAUGCGGCCCUGCAUGCGGCCCUGCAGCGCCAGCCCUCCCUGGUCUCCUGCGACCCCUUCCGCCGCCAGAAGGCCGCUGCCUGGGCCAAAUCCCUCCCCGCAGUCGCGGCCAUGGCGACUCAGGUGAGGCAGCUGCUGGGGGCCAUGAGCCAGCAACAGCAACCUGCAACAGGCGACCAGCAGCAGCACAGACAAGACGCGGGAGGGGAGUUAGGAGCUGCCGUUGGCGGCGGUGGUGCAGGAACGUCAGGUGCUGCAGCUGCUGCUGAGGAGAAGGCGGGGGAGGAGUUGGAGGCUGCAUGCAAGGCGGCUGUGCUGUGCGGGUUGCAGCUGGCGCUGUGGGGCAACCAGGCGGACCUGUCGCUGCAUGUGUCCGCGGACCGGCUGCAGGUGGCAGGGGUGGGGCAUGCGGCAGGAGGAGGAGGUGCGGGCCACAGUGGCUGUGGUCGUGUUGGAGGUAGUGGGG